CUCCCUCCGAAGCUCCGCUCCACAGCCCGAUUUUUUUUCUCCCCGUGUUCAAUUCGUGCGCAGCCCCAAUUCGGCAGCUCCUCCAAUCCAGCUCAGAAUCGGUAACGAGGAGCCUAAUCCGGCGACGUAAAAGCCGAUCGCGGCGGAGGCCAGGCGAGGCGAGGAGAGACCGACCACCGCCGGCGUAGCAAUGCCUUACUGCGAGGUGGACCGGUACCAGAGCGGCGACAAGUGGGAGGGCGUGCGCCUCUUCUACCGCCGCUACGGCCGCGGCGCCACCAAGGUGCUCCUCGUCGUCGGAUUGGCGGGGACGCACGACUCGUGGGGCCUGCAGAUAAAGGGGCUGACCGGGUCCGUCGAGCCCACCGACGAGGAUUCCUCCGCCGCCGGCGCCGCCCCGCGGACGGACGAGGAGGCCGGCACCGGCGCCGCCGCCGCGGACGACGACGGGGAGGGCCCGGGCAUCGAGGUCUGCGCCUUCGACAACCGCGGCGUCGGCCGCAGCUCCAUCCUCCCGCACAAGUCCUCCUACUCGACGGCGAUCAUGGCGAGGGACGCGCUGGCUGUGAUGGACCAUCUGGGGUGGAAGAAAGCGCAUGUCUUUGGCCACUCCAUGGGUGCGAUGAUUUCCUGCAAGCUCGCGGCGAUUGCGCCUCACAGGAUCUGCUCCCUGGGAUUGCUCAAUGUCACCGGGGGCGGGUUGGAGUGUUUACCGAAGGUCGACGGGCAGAUGCUCUCUCUUGCAUUCCGUUUCUUAAGGGCAAAAACUCCGGAGGAAAGAGCUCAUGUAGAUUUGGAAACCCACUAUACAAAGGAAUACCUUGACGAGAAACUCGAGUCCUGCACAAGGAGAGCAAUCCUCUACAAAGAAUAUGUGAAGAACAUAUCAGCUUCAGGGAUGCAAUCUAGUUGUGGGUUUGAAGGUCAAGUUAAUGCAUGUUGGACUCACAAACUGACGACUAAAGAACUAGAUACAAUACGUGGUGCCGGUUUUCUGGUUUCAGUUAUUCACGGAAGGUCCGACAUUAUUGCGCAACUGUGCCAUGCGAAACGGCUCGCAGAUAGGCUUCUUCCUGCUGCUAGAAUGGUAGACCUUCAGGGUGCACAUCUAGUGAGCCAUGAAAGACCGGAGGAGGUCAACAACGCAAUGAUGGAUCUGAUAAAGGCCACCAAAUCUGCGAUGAAACCUCACGAGUGGUCGUCGCAACCAGAGAACACAUCAGAAACCGGGGCACUUAUUUCUGCGAGAUCUGUAACCCUCACAAUACGAAAAGAUGAAGCUGGCAAUGCUGCUGUAGCAGUGUAUAACUUUCUUGCAAAGUUCCAACUGAGCUUUCUUUAUCUGAUAGGACUGAUAGUGAUGGGGUUUGAGCAUAUGAGGAACAUUGUGAGAGUAAUGAAGCCUGUGAGGGUUGCAGCCAUUGAGUCAUGAAG